GAACAUCUCUGAGAGUGUGAUUCCAGCAAUCAUUGAGAAGUACUUAAGAGGAACACAUGACCCUGCCAAAAAGAAGGAACUUCUCCUGGACAUGUUUUCAGAUGUCUUUUUCGGUAUCCCAGCUGUACUCAUGUCCCGUAGCCUCAGAGAUGGCGGAGCGCCCACCUACAUGUAUGAGUUUCAGUAUCGCCCAAGCUUCGUAUCUGACCACAGACCCCAGACAGUUCAGGGAGACCAUGGUGAUGAAAUCUUCUCUGUCUUUGGGACUCCAUUUUUAAAAGAGGGCGCCUCAGAAGAGGAGACCAAUCUCAGCAAGUUGGUGAUGAAGUUCUGGGCCAACUUUGCUCGAAAUGGGAACCCAAAUGGAGAAGGGCUGCCUCACUGGCCAGAAUAUGAUCAGAAGGAAGGGUAUUUGCAGAUUGGUGCCACCACCCAGCAAGCCCAAAAACUGAAAGGAGAGGAAGUGGCUUUCUGGACUGAGCUCCUGGCUAAGAAUCCACCUCAGACAGAACACACUGAACACACAUAAAUGGGUCUCUGCCAGCCUCAGGACAAGAGGAGCAAAGAUGGGGCUAUUCCACAAAGGAUGGCUGUUUGCCAAAGAUGGAUCUUACGGAGGAAACUGCACAAUUGCAC